CCCACCCCGCCUGGAAACGAUUAUGAGAUGAUGUCAGGAGUCAGGCAAAGAAAGAAGGAUGUCGUUUGAGAUAUCUUCAGAGAUGUAAUUUCUGGUUUUAUGUCCUCAUCAAGCCCUCCUCUUGCCCUGUGGUACUGUAUGAUUGGGAAGAGGUACAAGACUGGGAAGCUCACUGUUUGCCUCUACAUUGCUUGUCACUUCGUAAAAAAUCAGGUGAAGUGCUUCUUCUGCAUGUUUUUAGCUGAAGGAUGCUGUGCAUUUCCUUGAUUUCUAUGGAGAACUUAGAGCUGGGUUUGCCCCUGCUGGCACAUCAUCUUGCAUCUUCUCUACCUCCCAAGGUCUUUGCCUCUGUUGAUAACUUGGCAUUGCCCCUGGGUCCAGGAAACCUGUGAUGAACUUAAGCGGAGAGUCUGGAAUCAUCCUGACAGGCUUUGAUCAGCCAUGGCUGGACUUGCUUCAAGUCACAUGUUAACAUGGGUCAAGCUGUCACUAGAAGGCAAGUGUCAAGACUAAAGGCUUAUUUGCAUUUUGCUUAAGUUUGAUGGACUGAGCUUUGGACCAUUUCUGGGGCAGAAACAUAUACUCUAUUUUGUAGGGACAACUGCUGGCUUUCAGAUACUUGUUGCCUUUGACUCUUGCAGCAUCAUCACCAAUCACAUUCCAAAUGUAUUUCCAAAUUUGAACAUCCACCCCAAAACAUAAGGGUUUGGGUGAUCCUAACGUUUUCUGAUUUAGGCUUGUGAGUGCUAGGCUGUUUAUCUAGACCAGUCAAGCACCGGAGAGCAACACUGAAUCCCUGGGAAGCUAGAGCACCGGGUGUGCUGAUUUAAAAACAGAAAAUGCAAAGUUGGACUGAAAACAUCCUUAGUCUUCCAAGCAGUCUGCUUAGGGAUUCCAAACUUACCUUAAUUUGGUGAGAAAAGAAGCUGCCCUCUUUUUCUUUCUUCUGCUUCUCAACCCGAACCAGACAUUUCCUAACACCACCACCAUGGAGGUUGCAAUGGUGAGUGCGGAGAGCUCAGGGUGCAACAGUCACAUGCCUUAUGGUUAUGCCGCCCAGGCCCGGGCCCGGGAGCGGGAGAGGCUCGCUCACUCCAGGGCAGCUGCGGCUGCUGCUGUUGCUGCAGCCACAGCUGCGGUUGAAGGCAGUGGGGGUUCAGGAGGGGGCUCCCACCACCACCACCAAUCUCGCGGGGCCUGUACCUCGCAUGACCCUCAGAGCAGCCGGGGCAGUCGGAGGAGGAGGCGACAGCGGCCUGAGAAGAAGAAGGCCCAUCACCGUCAGAGCAGCUUCCCUCAUUGCUCUGACCUGAUGCCCAGUGGUUCUGAGGAGAAGAUCCUGAGGGAGCUGAGUGAAGAAGAAGAAGAGGAGGAGGAGGAAGAAGAGGAGGAAGAGGAGGGAAGGUUCUACUACAGUGAGGAUGACCACGGCGACGAAUGUUCCUACACAGACCUGCUGCCUCAGGACGAUGGGGGUGGCGGUGGCUACAGUUCAGUCCGCUACAGUGACUGCUGUGAGCGCGUGGUGAUCAAUGUGUCAGGCCUCCGCUUUGAGACCCAGAUGAAAACUUUGGCCCAAUUUCCAGAGACCUUGUUGGGAGACCCUGAGAAGAGGACUCAAUACUUUGACCCUCUGCGUAACGAAUAUUUUUUUGACAGGAACCGGCCCAGCUUUGAUGCCAUCUUAUAUUAUUACCAGUCAGGAGGCCGCCUGAAGAGGCCGGUGAACGUCCCCUUUGAUAUCUUCACGGAGGAGGUGAAGUUCUAUCAGUUGGGAGAGGAGGCCCUGCUCAAAUUUCGGGAGGAUGAGGGCUUUGUGAGAGAGGAGGAGGACAGGGCCUUGCCAGAGAAUGAAUUUAAGAAGCAAAUUUGGCUUCUCUUUGAGUAUCCAGAGAGCUCCAGUCCAGCCAGGGGCAUAGCCAUUGUCUCUGUCCUGGUCAUCUUGAUCUCCAUUGUCAUCUUCUGCCUGGAAACCUUGCCUGAGUUUAGGGACGACAGGGAUCUCAUCAUGGCAAUGAGUGCGGGUGGGCACAGCGGGUUGUUGAAUGACACCUCGACUCCCCACCCGGAGAGCUCAGGGCACACGAUAUUCAACGACCCUUUCUUCAUUGUGGAGACAGUCUGCAUCGUUUGGUUUUCCUUUGAGUUUGUGGUCCGCUGCUUUGCUUGUCCCAGCCAGGCACUUUUCUUCAAAAACAUCAUGAACAUCAUUGACAUUGUCUCCAUUUUGCCUUACUUCAUCACACUGGGCACUGACCUGGCCCAGCAACAGGGGGGUGGCAAUGGUCAGCAGCAGCAGGCCAUGUCCUUUGCCAUCCUGAGGAUCAUUCGUCUGGUCCGAGUAUUUCGGAUCUUCAAACUCUCCAGGCACUCCAAGGGCCUGCAGAUCCUGGGCCACACCCUCAGAGCCAGCAUGCGGGAACUGGGCCUUCUGAUCUUCUUCCUCUUCAUUGGGGUCAUCCUGUUUUCCAGUGCUGUGUAUUUUGCAGAGGCGGAUGAACCUACUACCCACUUCCAAAGCAUCCCAGAUGCAUUCUGGUGGGCUGUGGUGACCAUGACAACUGUGGGCUAUGGGGACAUGAAGCCCAUCACUGUGGGGGGCAAGAUUGUGGGGUCCCUGUGUGCCAUUGCGGGUGUCUUAACCAUUGCUUUGCCAGUACCAGUGAUUGUCUCCAACUUUAACUAUUUCUACCACAGAGAGACUGAAAAUGAGGAACAGACACAGCUGACACAGAAUGCAGUCAGUUGCCCAUACCUCCCUUCUAAUUUACUGAAGAAAUUUCGGAGCUCUACUUCUUCUUCCCUGGGGGACAAGUCAGAAUAUCUAGAGAUGGAAGAAGGAGUUAAGGAAUCUCUCUGUGGGAAGGAGGAGAAGUGUGAGGGAAAAGGAGAUGACAGUGAGACAGAUAAAAACAAUUGUUCUAAUGUGAAGGCAGUGGAGACCGAUGUGUGAAUCUCAAUCUCCACCUGCCACUGCCCAACCCCCUACCCCAGCAUCUCCAAAUAUAUUUAUGCAUAGAGUGCAGUUAUGAAAAUGAAAUAUGCAAUUGAAUCCAAUGCAUACAGUAGUACGCCAUUUAAUGGUUAUACAUGACAUAAUUGUUACUAAACUUGUAUUGCAUAUCAAAUAAAUGAUACAUCUCGGAGAAGAGGGAGGCUUAAAUAGGAGCAAAUCUAUAUUUUUUACUAGAAUGCAAGAAUUUUGCACAUUAACUGGAAAGGUUGUUAAAAGUAAAGAUGGUUUUGUGGAGAGAAUAUGUGUGUGUGUGUAUGUGUGUGUGUGUGCGUGUGCGUGUGUGUAUGUGUAAGUAAACUGUCAACAUUGUUGGUAUUUGUGCAGUGAUGGAAAAAGUUGGCAUUUUGAAGUAUUUACUAUGUAAGAACUAAUGAAUUUGAACAGUCAUUUAUCAGUGCUUUAAUAGCAUCUCAUGUCUUUGGAUUCUAUAGUUGUUUUUUAAACAUUGUAAGAAUUACUGUGUAGAAAAAAAAGAAAGUGAAUUAUUUAAUAGAAUAUAGGUCACAAUUUUAUCUUGCAUUUAAUUAAAGUUUAUUUUUAACUGGAAAUUAACUUUUAAAAAGGCUGCAGGGGCCUUUAGAAAUUGAUUAUAUUUUAUUAUUAAUUUUGGGAAGAUAUGACAGCAAAUGCCUAACAUUGUGGAAGAAAUGAAAUGGGAUAAAAUGUAACAAGUUUUGUUCACAGAUAACGGGACUGGAUUUUUUUUUUCUUUGCACUACUUUAUAUGCUGGAGAUUGAGAGAGACUUCAUACUGUGAAUGUUUACUAAUGUAACAGUUCAAUGACAAUCAUUGGAAGAAUGAUUUCUUAGUCUUACUUUAUUAUUCUCUUCUUUUCUUUGUGUGAGACUAAUGGCCACGCAGAUAACAGUACAUGAUGCCCACCUCUUUUACAAUAUAAAUAACUUAUCUGCAAAGGGACUAUGAAGUAAAAUUCAGCAGCUGAAUCUUUUGGAAUUGGUCUGUUACAAUGAUGCUUCUGAAAUCAUACUAUUUUAAAUAUUCUUCUGCCUUUUAAAUCCAAAAUAACUUAACCAAAGCUAAUGCAUGCACUGAAGAAUUCUUGAAGAAAUAAGAUGCCCAGCAGCUACAGUGAUUAUGGCUUAAGAGCUUUCUAUUAAAUGUGCAACACAAAUGCCAGAUUUAUUAAGUUUAUUUCUUUGUGCAGCUACAUAAAGACAGAAUGUGGGGAAUUCACCUCAGAAUUUAGCAUUCUAUUUGCUAAAAUUGAUAUAAAGAAGAGUUGUGUCAAAACACUUGAUUUUGGCAUCACCAUCAUCUUUUUUAUUAAAGGAAUGUGUGCCACAUAUAAUAACUGCAUUGAACUUACAGCAAGUGUUCUAGAGAAGAAACAGUGAUCAGUCUUGCAUUGCGAAGCCAUAUGAGAUAUAGGUGGGAAAACACAGAAUACAUAAGAGACUUCAUUUUUCAAUGUUUCUUCAAUGUCUACUGUUUAUCAAAUGGUUAUCCUGAAGUUAGGGAAAAUUAUAACAUCCAUCAGGUAUUUCAGUACGUAAUCAACUGACAACUCUGAACUUAAAAGAGAGAGAGGGAGACCGAGGAUAGCUUUUCUUGGGCUUUUAAAUCCCAAGCCAUUACUUGAUACAAAUAUGAAUUUUACUUUUAAUAA